CACCUUGUCAUGUGUCCAUUAAUUCAAUUUUCCAUUCUUUGACAGCAGCAGCACUGCUGAAACUGUUAUCACAGUCUACAGUGUUUUCUAUGUUUUAAAAAUGUACAAUCAACCUAUGAUGUUUUCCAGUCCACCAGUCUACGCUGCAUCCAUGUGUCAGUAUCUGUCAUCUGACAGGGUUGGACCACCAGAAUCCAGUGCCAGGCAGCUGCAGAAGAUGUCUAACCAUGUAGCUGCCAUGUCACAUGCACUGCAGACUAGCCAUGUGAGCUUUAGAGCUGCACAGAAAAAGCUGACGUUAAUGUGUUCAUCACAUCAAUUUUCUCAAUAAAAUCAAGAGGAGAUACCCCCCCAUCAUCGUAAGGGAAUCCCCAGUACGUAAACAAGAUAGUAAGAUGCUAUCCAACUGAUAGAAAAAGUUGCCCCCUUUUCUACCCUCUUUACCCCCAUGUGCCCCUCGGACAGGCUGAGUUUUAGCAUCCAGGCUUGAACCUGGUUCAUGCUGAGCGGGCAGAGCGGGCAAACUAGGGCUGGGAUAUCCCUGUCUCAAGGUGUCCCUAAAUGAUAGGGCUGUUUGUCUGUCACAUACGCCUUAUCUCCCCCACCCCCCUGCCAGGUUGCUGGGCAACCAGAGGGGUAGUGGGGUACAGCACUUCUUCGGGUCGACGUAGUUUCAUGUGGGUGUUCCCGCUCCUCUCUCAGUCACUGAAACUCAUCUUCGUUGGUCCCAGCUCACUUCAUCAUCGGGCUCGUCUUGACUGACAGAACAGCGGACGUCCUGUUCCCAGUGUUGGAGACCAGGUGGGAGUACCUGCAUGCAGGGAAUGCACAAAGUAGCAGAGGGUUUGAGACUGAAAAACAUCAAUGGAAAACCAUUUCAGUUUUGAGGAGGGCAGUGACAUGUCAUAUGAAGACAAUGACUCAGCCUUCCCCUCUCCGUUCAGACUAACUCCACCAGGCCACAGUGACAUCUAUGACCAGGAGAGGAGGAGGCAGGAGGAGGAGGACAAUGAGCCACCCAUGGAAGCCAUUUUCAUCCCCAGUAAUUUAGAGGCCAACCUGAACGUAAACACUAAUGCCACCACAAGAGGGGACGCUCAAGCCUAUGUGGAGCUGAAUGAGCUCCAGGGCAGCACCUGGCAGGAGACUGGCCGCUGGAUGGGCUACGAGGAGAACCUCAACCUUCGCACAGGAAAAUGGGGUUCCUCUCAUGUCUCCUAUCUCACCUUCAAGAGCUUGAUCCAGCUCCGCAAGCUCAUGAGCACAGGUGCUUUCAUCUUCGACCUGAAUGCCAGCAGUCUGUCUGCUGUGGCUGAGAAGGUGGCGGAUGAGCUCCUGAAAAAAAAUGAGAUUCGUGCCGACGAUCGGGAUGCUCUGCUGAGAGCUCUCCUCAUGAGACGCAGUCAAGCUGGGGGACCUGUGGUUACAGCCUCUGGAGACAUCGAGAUGCAGGCCUUUUCUGUAACUAAGAAGAGAGACAGCUCUGACAACAUGGAGGCCUCAAUUGUCCUCUCAGGUGCCCUGGACCUCUUGGAGAAGCCAGUGGUGUCUUUUGUCAGGCUGAGUGACUCUGUGGUGAUGGAGUCUGCCCUGGAGAUUGCUGUCCCUGUCCGCUACGUCUUUGUCCUGGUGGGCCCCAGCCAGAGCGAAAUAGACUACACUGAAACUGGGCGCGCCAUGGGUGCUCUAAUGGCCGACUGGGUGUUCAGUCUGGAGGCUUUCUUGGCCCAGAACGAAAAAGAUCUGACCAAUGCCGUCGCUGACUUCAUGGACUGCAGCAUUGUGAUCCCUCCCACUGAAAUCCAAGAGCAAGGAAUGCUGGAGCCAAUCAUCGAUUACCAGAGGAAGAUGCUGCUUGACAGAGUGCGCCCUGUUGACACCCGCCUCGCCUUUGGUGACAGGGUCCGAGUUGAUGAAGGCCCAGAUAUUCCGAGGGAAGACCCUCUGGCCCGUACAGGCAUUCCUUUCGGUGGGAUGGUGAAAGACAUAAAGCGCCGUUAUCGCCACUACAUCAGCGACUACACGGAUGCUCUGAACCCUCAGGUCCUCGCUGCCGUCAUCUUCAUCUACUUCGCGGCCCUGUCACCGGCCAUCACCUUUGGAGGGCUUUUGGCUGACAAAACUGAGAAAAUGAUGGGUGUGUCAGAGCUCAUGGUCUCCACCAGUGUCCAGGGUGUCAUCUUCUGCCUCAUUGCCGCCCAGCCUGUCCUUGUCAUCGGCUUCUCAGGACCACUUCUGGUGUUUGAAGAAGCUUUUUUCGCUUUCUGCAAGGCUCAGGGUAUUGAAUACAUUGUGGGUCGUAUCUGGGUGGGGAUGUGGCUGAUAGUGAUCGUAUUCAUCAUUGUGGCUGCGGAAGGCAGCUUCCUGGUCAGAUUCAUCUCCCGCUUCACCCAAGAAAUCUUCUCCAUCCUCAUCUCUCUCAUCUUCAUCUAUGAGACCUUCAAUAAGCUUAUCAAGAUCUUCAAAGCCCACCCUCUGAUUCUGAACUACGAGCAUCUGAAUGACACACUGGACAACCCCUUCCACCCGCUCAUCAAGGAGCACACCGAGUACCAUCCAGAUGGCAACGUCACCGUUAAGGAAGUGGAGUAUGAAAGGCCCUAUCCCAACACUGCCCUGCUGUCCAUGUGCCUUAUGUUUGGUUGCUUCUUCAUUGCAUAUUUCCUUCGUCAGUUCAAGAAUGGUCAUUACCUCCCCGGCCCGAUCCGUCGUCUGAUUGGAGAUUUCGGUGUCCCGAUUGCCAUUUUCAUCAUGAUCGCUAUCGACAUCUGCAUUGAGGAUGCUUACACUCAGAAACUUGUUGUGCCAAAAGGUGUUGAGGUUACCAACCCCAAAGCCAGAGGCUGGUUCAUCAACCCCAUGGGAGAGAAGCAGUCCUUCCCCAUUUGGAUGAUGGCCGCGUGCUGUGUACCAGCACUGCUCGUCUUCAUCCUCAUCUUCCUCGAGUCCCAGAUUACGACGCUGAUUGUGAGCAAACCUGAGAGGAAGAUGGUGAAAGGAUCUGGUUUCCACUUUGAUCUGCUCAUCCUGGUCACCAUGGGGGGAAUCUCCUCUAUCUUUGGGGUGCCGUGGCUGAGUGCUGCCACCGUGCGAUCCGUCACCCAUGCCAACGCUCUCACUGUCAUGUCCAAAGGCCCAAAACCAGAGAUUGAGAAAGUGCUUGAGCAGAGGAUCAGUGGUUUUCUUGUUGCCAUACUAGUUGGUGUUUCUAUUUACAUGGAACCCAUCCUGAAGAUGAUUCCUAUGACGGCCUUGUUUGGCAUCUUCCUCUACAUGGGUAUCACCUCUCUGAGUGGAAUCCAGAUGUGGGAUCGGAUGCUUCUGCUGAUCACGCCCAAGAAAUAUCAUCCCUCAGAUGCCUACGCCACCCAAGUGAGCACAUUACGGAUGCAUCUCUUCACACUGAUCCAGAUCGUGUGCCUGGGCAUCCUGUGGAUGGUGAAGAUUAGCCCCUUCUCCCUGGCACUGCCUUUCGUUCUCAUUCUCACCAUCCCUCUGCGUAUGGCGAUGACUGGCACACUCUUCACAACCAGGGAGAUGAAAUGUCUGGACGCAGAUGAUGCCAAAGUGAACUUAGAGGAGGAACCUGGGGAGGAUGUGUACAAUGAGUCCCCACUGCCUUGAGCAAUACGUAUCUUUCAUUAAGGUUUCAUUCAAAAACCAAUUACCAAUGACUAUUUAAAAAAAAAAGAAAAAAAAAAGAAAAUUAGGUGUCUUGUAAACAAAUAUUUGCAGUUCCAAACUGUUCUUUUAUUUUUAUGAGUGGUAACUUUAGAGGAAGGUACCACUCAUUUUUAGGAUUCAUACAUUAUUCCUGCAGCUGAAUCUGUAUUUGAGACCAUGGACCACUUUAGAGAACCAAUAUUAGUCCACAUUGUCAUUAAGGUGUAUUACACAUCCUGAGUCCUCUCACAACUACAUUUUCUCUGUUUAAUUUAUAUAUUCCAUCCUUUCAUGAGGGAUCAUUAAAAUGUCCCCCCUUUCUUUCUUACUAAAGGCAUUAAUAAAGGCUGUUUAUUUACUUGAGUUUUCUUUUGAUCCAGGAGAAAAAUUUGAAUUCUGGAAAUGAGAAGUAUUUUCCUUUAAAAUGUGAGAUAAAAUCCAUUUAUAAACUUUGUUUUUUUUCGUGCAUAACUACUGCUUGUGAAAAUGAAUAUCCAGUGCUGCCACAUUGUAGAUCACUCCAUGUUGUAAUAGUGUAAUUUCACCAAACUUUACGUGCACUAUUAAAAUUUAGCUGAUUACAUGUAUUCAGCUCUAUAUACACACACACACACACACAAGUAAUGCAUUUUUAUGUGGCUGUCACACCAGCCCCAUAACCUCUACUUUGUUUGAUCUAAAAUAAUUUAAAUUGUGUUAUAGAAGUUUGCCUCAUUUUAUAUAUUAUGUAUGGUUUACUGCACACUUUGAUCUUUCCUGUUCAGUUCACCUAAUUUGAAUAUGUAUGGAGAGAUAUCUGCUAUCUGUUAGAUCUGCUUGUAAGUGAGGUUGUUCAGCCAUAUCCUGAAGACAGAGUGUGUAAUUGCUUUUAUGAUCAUAAUAGGGAUGAGCAGUAGUGGGUGGAUAGUGGGUUGAUGAGAUCUUAUUGUUUGGGCUGAUAAAAAAAUUAAUUGUACUGAUAUAAUCACGGAAAAAUUUGAUUUGUAAAUGUAUUGUAUGCCUUUUGUGUUGCCUAUCAUAUUGUUGUGUGCUUGAAACACUGUACAUGCUUAGGAUUUUCACUUUAAUAAAAAUAAA